AUGCCACAGAUUCAAGCGCUCUGGGACGCUAGUCUGCCACUGGCCUCGCAAGCAAGAGGUUCGAGUCCUGGGCAAGAUGAAACUUUGGAAAAUGGGAAGGCGGUGUGGAUAACAGGGGCUUCCAGUGGAAUUGGAGAGGGGCCUAGCAUUCAGCUCGCCAAGACAGGAGCUUCACUGGUUCUCUCUGCUACGAGAGAGGCCGAACUACAAAGAGUUAAGAAAAACUGCCUCUAUCAUAGCAAGCUACAAGAAAAGGAUAUUCUUGUUCUGCUACUUGACCUGAAUGAAAAAGGUUCCCAUGAGGCUGCAACAAAAAACGUUAUUCAGCACUUUGGUGAAAUCGACAUUUUGGUCAACAACGGUGGGCGUUUCCAGCUCUCCUUAUUCCUGGAACCAAACCUGGCUGUUUAUGAAGCCAUAAUGCAAUUGAACUGCCUUAGUACAAUCUCAUAAACCAAAUGUGUUCCUCAAAUGAUUAAGCAGAAAUGAGGACAGAUAAUCACUGUCAGCAGUAUGGCAGGACUGGCUUCUGUGCCAGUUUCUACAGGUUACGCUGCUAGUAAACAUGCUUUGCAAGGAUUUUUUAAUUCCCUUCGACCAGAACUUGCUAUUUAUCAACUCAUAAUCAGCACGAUGUGUCCUGGACAAACCUGCUCAGAUAUUGAGAAAAACGCUUUUACUGAAGAGAUAAACCAGGUGCAGCAUUAA